AUGGAGAAAAGUAAUAAUCAAAUAGUCACAAGUGAAAAAGCCCAAGAUAAUUUUUCAUGUUCAGCAGUAACAACAAACUCAAAACAUAGUUCUGGAUUUGUUGAUAGUUUUAUUGAUUCAUUUAGACGAGCUCCUGAAUCAAAUACAUCAGCUGAAAAUAAACGACAAACAAUUUCCAAAAAUGAAUUAAGAUUAAUGGCUAUUUCAACUGGGUUAGGUACUGGUUUGCUCGUGGCCACUGGUGGUAGACUUAGAGCAGCUGGUCCUGCUGGAAUGGUUAUCGCUUAUGCCAUCACUGGUCUUGUUAUGUUGGCACCAACGGUCAACUCAGUAGCUGAGUUGGCGAUUGCCUAUCCUGGGUUACCUGGUGGGUUCCAAUCGUACUACGGGAAGUUCAUUGAUGAAAGUCUUGGAUUUGCUUUGGGGUGGAACUAUGGGUUCCAAUGGAUGUGUAUUUUGGCAUUAGAAUUUGUUACGGUAUCUAUGACAUUCAAGUUUUGGACUACGUCUGUGCACCCUGAUGUAUUUGUUGCGAUUUUUUUCAUUAUUGUUACGUUGGUCAACUUAGGUGGAGCUAAAGUUUAUGCUGUCACUGAAGCCGCAUUGAAUUCCAUUAAAAUUGUGUUUUUAGUUGGAUUUAUUAUUUUUGGGAUUAUUAUUGAUGUUGGCGGUGGCCCAAAUGGAUUCAUUGGUGGGAAGUACUAUCACAGUCCUGGUGCCUUUACUUCCUUCAAAGGUCUAGCUUCGGUAUUUGUGUCUGGGGCAUUCAGUUUAGGUGGAUCUGAGUUUAUCAGUUUGUCAGCAAGUGAGACCAAACACCCUAAAACCGCAAUUAGAGCGGCAUCAAAAUUAGUGUACUUUAGAGUAAUUGUUCUUUUCCUUGGAUCAUUGACGUUAGUUGGAUUAUUGGUGCCUAGUGAUUCUGAUAAGUUAAUGCAUGGCAGUGGAUCCAGUGUGUCUCCUUAUGUUCUUGCUGCCAAGUUGAAUGGAGUGAAAGUGUUACCCCACAUCAUAAACACUGUCAUUUUACUUUCUGUCACGUCGGUUGCAUGUGCUGCUAUGUACAGUUCUCCUAGAUUGAUCCAAUCAUUAGCAGAGCAAGGGUUAGGACCCAAAUGGUUAGACUACAUUGACAAGAAGGGAAGACCCACAAGAGCCUGGUUUGUCACCAUACUAGCAGGUGCCUUUGGAUUUAUUGCUGCUUUCAAAGAACACGAAACUGUGUUUAUGUGGUUGUUGUCGAUAUCUGGUAUUUCAUUUGUUAUGUGCUGGUUGUUUAUUUGUGUUUGUCAUUUGCGUUUCCGUUCUGCUUUAAAGCUUAAUGGAAUCGAUGUUAAGAGUUUGGAGUAUGUUUCUCCUACUGGUGUCUGGGGUUCAUAUGUUUCCAUUAUUAUCAAUAGUCUCAUUCUUGUUGCUCAAUUCUGGAUUUCAUUGUGGCCAUUAGGCGGCGAUGGCAAACCAAAUGCCCUUUCGUUUUUCGAAAACUUUUUGGGUGGACCAGUCUUCCUUAUUUGCUACAUUGGCCACAAGAUUUGGUCUAGAAAUUGGAAAUUAUAUAAAAAAGUAGAAGAUAUUGAUGUCAACAAAGAUAGAGUGGUCAAGGAUGCCGAAAUUUUACAUUUAGAAAACUUGGAAGAUAAAGAAAGAUACGAAAAGGCACCGUUGUGGAAAAAAAUAUUGAUUAUUUGUUUCGAUUAA